CAACCGUUUGUGUUCCGGCGGAACACAAAACAAAGAAAUUGGCUUAUCUUCAAUGAACUGAACGCCAAAUCACGUCUCUUGGAUAUUGCAUCUUUGAUACUUGAUUUAUAUCAGCAAGAGUAAAUUGUUCUGGAUGUUAAUAAGAUUCACAUGAACAUGAAGAAAAUAGAUUUGCAUGAAAAACUGACUACUUGUGACAUUGAAACUAUGGGAAUUUCAAAGUCAACRAGAYUACCRGCCAUUGAUAAACACAACAACGACAGCGAAGAACGUUUGAAUCUCAAAAGAAGGCAAUUCAAGAGUACAGAUUAUGGAGAAAAUGGCAUUAAAAGAAAGGGAAGAGCUUCAAAUCUAACCCUCGAUUCCAUUACGMCUGCUUACGAGCUACCUCUUGGGUUAGCGGUUUCUUUGGCGAGGGAUGUUAUCCGAAUCGAGAGACAAUACCAGGAGCAAAAGCUACUUGAGGAAAUAAGAAGAAAUAGAGCGAGUUAUCACUCRUUGAAGAGGAAAGUUAUUGACGAAAAUCGUSGAAGAUUUCAAGGGCUYAGCAACACAAAUCAUAAUACUUCUAGAUCAMGAUUCUCGUAUUUCCCGCCUAUUCAAUCUAGACAACCUGGAUUCGAUGCUGAUUAUUACCAAACACCAAAAACGAAUAAAGACAGUUUCGUCAUCAAUAAAGCAAUAACCAUUGAAAAGAUGAGAAAGUUUGGAGAAAAGCACAAAACUCUGACAACUAAGAAAGAAAACAGUCGAAACAACUUGAAGACAAAACAGGGCAUGUUUUAUCCUUGAACAUACUCGGGUAACUUCACAGCGAAAUUGCGCGCGYGCCUACUUAUACACUUAACUAUGUGCUCAUCAGAAUUUUUAUCUCUUCCGCCAUGUCCGUUUGGGAGAGGGAUUAACUGCAUUCCUGUACUCGCAGAUACUCUUGAUAUUUCAUUGAUAUUAGAUUAGCAAAUAGCCAAGAAACAACUAGAUGUUACUUAAAAUGUCCAACCUUUUAAGCUCAAAUAAAUUAAUUGAUAGUUCUCGUUUGGAGUGAAAUUCCCUCGCUUUAUGCGAUUUAUCUUCGAGUUUUUUAAAAAUUUAAAAAUUAGUGAAACUUUUUUUUUCCUUUCCCGCUUUUUAUGUUUUUCUUACAAAAAAUAAAAGCCGUAAAAUGCUGAAUUUAGAGCCCUCUGUACGAGUUUCUGCAUGUUUUUCCGCGCAAGGCCAACACCUUUAAUUACUCAAAUACUGAACAAAAUGUGUAAUUUUCCAUUGACCAAAUGACCGACAUGUGUCUGAUAAAUUAUCUUAAAACACCAUAUUCAUUUGUUGUAUAAAAGACAGAAAUAAAGUGUCUUGUCUUGAAAACAAAAUUUAAAUUCAUUAGUAAUACACGGUAGUUCAAAUUUAUCUAUAUCACUGAAUUAAUUACCAUAUAGUAGUUCAUUUGAGUAUGUGCCAGAAAUUUGAAGUAGUUUUUCAGUACGUCAACAGGUUUAUUUGCUAUUCAAGUUAAGUUAAGAAGCAAUUCAAAUCGUUUUAGCUCAAUGUUAAAAACUUUCUCUUUUCCCGUCUUUUUAUUUUCUUUCUUAUUUUUCUUUAAUUUUUACACCCGAUUUUUUAUAUUUAUGUUUUCUUACUGUGAUAAUAUCUUGUUCAACAUUUUUAUUCCAGUUGGAGGAUUUUGUUCAGCAAAUUUCUUUUCAUUAUUAGUAGGUCUUCGACAUGAAUUCAACGUUGAGUAGGUUUGUUUAAGUAUAUUGACAGUUCCAUUUUCACCUGCGGAAUGCAUAAUUUACAGGAAUGAUUAAAGAAAUGUAAAAAAUGAAUAAAU